CUGUGACAUGCGAGGGCGACACCGCGACCACACGACCCGUCCCCUGCCUCCGGGAGCUCCGGGGCUGCCGAGGGCUCCCGCACUGGCCCAGUGUGGAGCAGUGAGAGAAGCACCAAAGCCAGAUCCUCCACCAUCAUCAUGUUUUCAUCCUUGCAGGGGGAGGGAGGGUUGACUACGAGGCAAAGUGGGGGGAGAGGCAGACACACACGGGGCCUAGCUGCCACAUCUGUUUCAUGCGAAGAAGCUGCGCCGCUAAACCACCCGUUUUUGGUUUCUCCCAAACGGCUCCGGCCCGGGCCUCAGUCCGCGGUCUAGAGUUUGAUAGCGGGCGGAUUGAGGCUGAAGCACGUCGGUGUGAGGCUGCCCUCCAGCCCGGGUGCCCCCCGGCCACCAUCAUGGGAGACAGCAGAGAUUCUCGCAGCCCGGACAGUUCAUCUGUGUCCUCCCCUCCAUCGGGCCAACGCUCGCCCCCACUGGUUCCCUCAGCUGCUUCCAUGACUUCCCUUCCUCCCAUCACCACCACCGGAGUCAACAGCCCCAUCAGUAGCAUCGGCUCCCCCUUCUCUGUCAUCAGCUCUUCACUGGGCUCACCCUGCCUCCCCGGCACACCGUCGGUGGGCUACGGCCCCAUUAGCAGCCCGCAGAUCAACUCAACAGUGUCCAUGUCGGGGCUCCAUGCAGUGAGCAGCUCUGAUGAUGUGAAACCUCCACUGGGCUUGAAGCAGCUGUCACCCCACAGCCCCGGGCCCAUGCUUUCCCAGAAACGCCUUUGUUCCAUCUGUGGAGACAGAUCCUCUGGUAAGCACUAUGGUGUCUACAGUUGUGAGGGCUGCAAAGGCUUCUUCAAGCGAACAGUGCGCAAAGAUUUGACCUACACAUGUCGGGACAGUAAGGACUGUAUGGUGGAUAAGAGACAGAGGAACCGCUGCCAGUACUGCCGCUACCAGAAGUGCCUGGCUAUGGGCAUGAAGAGAGAAGUGGCCAAGAUGAACGACAGAUCUGUCCAAGAGGAACGGCAGAGGAACAAGGAACGAGAGGGCGAGGUGGAGUCGACUAGUGCAGUGAAUGAGGAGAUGCCUGUGGAGAAGAUUUUGGAGGCGGAGAUGGCUGUGGAGCAGAAGACAGAGCUUCAUGCCGAUGGAAGUUCAGGUGGAAGCUCUCCCAACGAUCCUGUCACAAACAUCUGUCAGGCUGCAGACAAGCAGCUUUUCACCCUGGUGGAGUGGGCCAAGAGGAUCCCUCACUUCUCUGAGCUGCAGCUGGACGACCAGGUCAUCCUGCUACGUGCAGGCUGGAAUGAACUCUUGAUCGCAUCGUUCUCCCAUCGCUCCAUCUCAGUGAAGGACGGAAUUUUACUGGCCACCGGCCUUCAUGUCCACAGGAACAGUGCUCACAGUGCUGGUGUCGGAGCAAUCUUUGACAGGGCGCACAAUGCUGAGGUUGGGGCCAUAUUUGACAGGGUUUUGACAGAGCUUGUAAGUAAGAUGAGAGACAUGCAAAUGGACAAGUCGGAGCUGGGCUGCCUUCGAGCCAUCAUCCUCUUCAACCCAGAUGCCAAGGGCUUGUCCAAUCCCAGUGAGGUGGAGCUCCUGAGAGAGAGGGUGUACGCAUCCCUCGAGUCUUACUGCAAACAGAAGUAUCCCGAUCAGCAGGGCAGGUUUGCAAAGCUCCUCCUCCGUCUCCCAGCACUGCGCUCCAUCGGUCUUAAGUGCCUGGAGCACCUGUUCUUCUUUAAACUGAUUGGUGACACGCCCAUCGACACCUUCCUGAUGGAGAUGCUUGAGGCGCCUCACCAGCUCACCUAGAGGAGCCAGGUUGGGUUCGGUCAGGAUCCAGUGCACACCAGGAUUCCCGUCACGUCGCACCGUGUCGGGUCAUUGGCUCCUCUCGUUGAGCCUCACUUAACUGCAGCACCUGCUGGUUUAAAUGUACCAGUUCUCACACUUAUACACACGUAUUCUCCAUCAUCGGCUGAUUAUCUUCACUCAUCACAUGCAGGUCUUUACUUGCAUGCUUGAACUGACAUAAAAUAUAACAGCUAAUAAACAGAUAAUGUGGCUCUGAAUGAAGAUAAUGCCAAAACAAAAACACACAUACACACACACACACUUUCACCAUCUUUUCCGUUACUGUUUUCCACCACAGGGGUUACCAUUCAAUUAAUUAUGCCCUUUUAUCACACAGCUACAGUAAAUGUCUUAAUUUUAAUUUAGCCUUCAGUUAUCACAUCUUCAUCUCACAGUUGGUUUUUGCUUCUGCGUAACUGGUGUAGCCUACUUCCCCUGUUUUUACUUGGGUUACCUAGUUACACUGCUAGCUGCACCUCUGUAUGUUAUAUCCAUCACUAGCCAGUUAGUUAUUCAUGUUUGGUUUUUAGCUUGAAAUCAGGUGCAUAAUUUCAAUCAACUGUCCGCCAUCGAACAGAUUUACUUCUUAUCGGUCAGGAGGUGUCCUGUAACGCACAGGAAGACACACCCUCUCAGUGAGUUAAUUCAAUCUCAUAAACAUUUGAAAUAUUUUAUGCUUUUUUUUUUGAAUAUUCAUGCUGAAACUUAUUUGAGUUUCUAUUUUGAAGUACUGUACUCAUGAAAUGAGAGCUUUUUCCAAGGCAAUGAAAUCCAGGAAAAGGGGGUGGGGAGCACUUAGUUGAGCAGACAAACUUAGUCCCUCCCACCCUGAUGCGCACAGCGGGCUUUGUAAGACAAGAAGAAUGACUUGAAUUAUUAUUUUUUUAGUUUUGAUUUAAUCCUUUUCUCUACUUUGGCAGUUUGGCAUUUUAAACAGCUUGAGGCUCACAGGAAGUUCAGCUUCAUGCAAGACAGAAUGAGAGUAUUUGUUUCUCUAUUAUCUCCUGCCCCCCCCCGCCCCCCAGAGUCCUCCCUUUGCUGGUGGUCAUUGAUGCACUUUUGUGAGUUGUAACUGUGUAAAUGUUCCUGUUUCCAUCUUUUCUCAGACACCUAAGACGACCUUAAAGGUACUAUGUGUAGGGUUUUCUCAUUAUUGCAUCAUUUUCAAAUCAGACUUGAUGAUUUCGAUAACUUCUGAAUUGCCCGCCUCCUGCAGCCGGUUGAACUUUUCAGACUCGAUAGGUUGCUCCAUCAUCUGUCCAAUGGCCAUGGAAGAGAGAAAUGAUAUUCUCUACUCUGCCUGUAAUCAGACGGCCUGUAUCUCAGUCCUGAGGCCUAUUGAGUAAAUUAAAAACACGUGUGGUGUUUGAUGCGUCUACCCAGCAGUUAAAGUGUCCUUGUGCAAGAUACUCGAGCAGUUUUACAGGUGUUGCUUUACAUUUAAGAUGCUGUGCUCUUUCCUCUCUGUAAAAUGAGGUGGAAAAGCUGAAUUUGUGUGCAACACAAAAAAACAGCAGUUGAAACUGAAAUUAUCCGACAAUGGAAGUAGUGUUUAAUGUUUAAUUUCACCUGGUAGCAAAUCAGUAUUUAAUAUGCGAUGCAGUACUCCUGCAGCCCCGAAAGCCAAUGUUGGAAUGAACCUUUUUAUAUGUGUUGUGUUACUGUAAUGCAAUAAUGAAAUUAAUUAACGCUAUGUAAAGGAAAUCCUACACGUACUACCUGCAGCUUUGGAAACUUUAUUCAGUGUGUAUUGGCUCAGUGCUUGCGACUUUUGUACAGUAGAUGUAAAUAAUAAAAAAACAACACCGCAGGAGUCACGCAGAAACAAAGACCUGCUCACACUCGUGAAGGUCCAAUAUCUGACUCCAACGGACAGAUUUAAAAUCUUUUUUUUCUGCUGUCGUACCCACGUCCGGUGUGAUGACAUCACCACGUAAUUGUUUUUGAGCCCAGGGCCGAACCACACCUUGCUGCUGCUUUUGCUCCGACUUCUGCCGAUGUUGGCCGUUGCCCUCUUCAACAGAUUGGCUGGAUUUCAAUGACAAUGGCACUUGACAUUUAUUGUGAUUGAAAUUUUUUGGGCAAUCGACUCCGAACAUUGCAGCGAGAGGUCAAAUGCAGCUAACGCUUGAUCAGGAGAUACAAAGCAAACUAUGAAUCAACCCAUCUAAGUGCUCCGAGAUGAGCAACACGUUAAGAUUCAUUACCAGUUUUUGUUAGUGAAGUAUUUAAAAAGAGUGUUGACAUUCUGAGGUAUAUCUAGCCUUCUUAUUUGUCACCACAUUGAAUAGAAAUUAGACACUUUUGCAGUAUCAUUCUACAGGGAAGAGGUACAGCUGUCCUCUACCAGGUGCUAAAUAACUAAUAUGGUCUUUUAGUUUUAAGACUUGCACAUUUUCAUCAAUGCAAAACAGUAUGCAAGUACACAGACAAAUCAGACAGCCACUGUCCACUCAUUGAAAUGGUCUGCUUAAGAUUUCGUUUUCCCUCUUUGAUUGGUUGUUUUUUUUAUAAUUGUUUGACCCUGAACUUUAUUUCAGACUCCCAGCUAUGGAAAAUGAACACCAGCUACGUGCUUGUACAUUUUUGACUGUGGCGGACGAGUGUUUGUCCUCUACCAGACACAGCCAAAGCCUUUUGUAUUUGAGAGAGCAGUUCGGCUGGUGGAGGCAAUGAAAGUGGCUGUUGAAUUUUUGGGCUCCAUCAGCUACUUUGACCAGAACGAGCAAUGAGCUUCCUGCCCUGCAGAUAGUCCAAAAAACGUCUUCUCAGAGAGGAUAUUCGGUCUCGCCCACGUGAUGUGGACUUGGAGGCUGGCAGUUAGACGACCUGUGAGACAGGUGAUUUUGUUUGACGCGUCAGUACGUUGGUCUAACCCUAAGAGUUUGGUGUUGUUUUUAGUUUUUCUCCACCCAAUGAGUUCAUGCAGCCAACUCAACAAAGUAGUCCACUCAUUUCCUACAUGCAGAGUUCAGUCAGCCUGGUUUGUCAGAGCUGCCACUGCAUUUAAUGUUUGUUGGCAAAGAAAAGCAAGCUAAUGAUCUGCCAGGCAUCUUUUACUGUCACAGAUGUGGCGUCAGUGCUUUAUAGCUUGAGCUGGUUCAGAUCAUACACCUUAUAUAAAGAUGGACGACACAUCUCCACCUCCUCCCACUAUCCAGAAAUAGAAAUGAAGCCAAAACAUCCUGGAUACGAACGCUGUCGUCUUGUGGCGGUGGCGUCAUUCGGAGUCAGAGCAGCAAUCGGUGGUUGAAGCUGCUGAAUCGAAGUGACAGUGACAGUUUCAGCUGUCGAUUAUGAAUGAUCCUCCCGUUUUUAUAUCCUCAAGUAACUAAUUAAAAUUGAACUUAUUUGUGUAUGUAACCUUGCAGCGUUGUUUUUUUUUUUUUUUUAAUCUAGAGUCCCACACUCGCAAAGACUGUAAAUAAAGAUGGGCGACGCGUCUCCACUGUUUAGAAAUGAAGCCAAAAUAUCCCUCAUACGAACGCUGCCAUCUUGGAGCUGGAGUCUGCGCAGUAGCGACCGGGGGAUUGAGCCACUCUGUUGAGGUCACGCCAAAACACAUGCUUGACCGGUCUCAGCCGUUUUGUGAUUAAAAACCAAACUGAUCAGAAACAUGAACAGUUGAACAUCAGUGUGAUGAGAACGAUAUCAGAUGAAACUUUUUAUUUUGGUUCAUGUCCCAUUUGCAAUCAAGACACUUCGGCUUCACUUCUUUGAAGCCAUCCUGUCGUUAAUCUUUAUUUGGAGUCUCUUGUUCAGCCGAACUUUAACUGUCAGAGACUUCAGUGAAAUGGAUUUUGCGGCUUCCAGACUUUGUGAUCUGGAUUCGAGCUCAUCUACGCUUUGAGAAAUUUGCUGUGGGAUGAAGUGGUCGUCUGUCAGAGAGGAGGCCGACUUUAAAUAAUCUCGUCUUUAGUUUGGUUGACGUCUCAGUGACUUCCUCUGCAGGGCUUUUCUCUUGGAGUUUCCUCUGUUGAAUGUUGAAGCCUGCUGCUACUGCGUCAUGUUUAUUCCUGGGGGAUGGGAAUGAUUACGCUUCCCAGUCGAGUGCUGGAGCAUCCGCUAGUUGACAUUAAAAGACUAGUCGCUACACAUCUGACUGAGCAAAUGCCAUCUUUGUUGAUAAUCCAUCAAAAAGUAAAAAUAUGCAACUUGUAUAUUUGUAUUGUGGUAACUUGGUUAAUCAGUGGUCAUGUGCAUUGUGUUUCUGGCAUUCGUGAAUUCAGCUUCGUCUCUGCUACAUGAGCUCACAUUGAUUGGCGGUGAAAUUAUUGAGAAUUCUCAGCCCUCCCUGAUAAAACAAUGCAUUUGAGUUUUGCUACGUCUUUUCUAUAUUUCUCUAUAUUUUGCUAUGAGCUUAGGUCAUUUGGAGAAUGGUAAACAUACGGUAAAAAGAUGAAGCUAGGAGCUGGUGGUUGGGAACUUUUUUAGCAUUUGUACGGGGUAUGUGUGGCCACAUGUGUACGCUUUUAUGCACACGUGUAUGGAGUCUUUCUGCAGCUACGCCUUUUUUGACUGGCAGAUACUGUAGCUUUGGCUGUGAUAUGCUGGCGGCUGGUGAAACUGAUUCGUUGAGCAAAUAUGAUGAAAGGAUGCACAGAGGAGAAGGAGCCAGGCUGGAGGGGUGAGUAACUGUUGACCUGAUGCUUUACCAACACAACCCAGCCUCCUCCUUUCCUUCACUUUGUCCACUGCUUUACUUUAAACGCUUUUAAACGAGUAUAACCGGCUUUGCAUUGGAAUGGACUUGUAAAAUUAAACUAUGAUUCUUGGACUGUUUGACGAGGAUGUGAAGCUUUUAAGUGGAAUAAGCGUGGGAGAGCUGUAAGGAAGGGAUUCAGUGCCGUGUGUCCCUCUUUGCUUUACUUUACUUGACGGCAGAGCAGCGACGAUCUGCGGUCGCCGUGGGACACCGCCGGAUCGCACCGCGCCGCCCACAAAAUGUUUGUCGUUGCAACCGUGUGCACUCAAGGCAGACGCAUGCUGUGACCUUUUGACUGUGUAGCAGUAUUGUUGUCGCCAUCUUUGUUACAUUUUGAAAUUACUCACUUUUUUGAAAAUAAAGACAUGAAUUAAAUAUGCUUUUCUUGAAAAGGAUUGCAGGCUGUGACUGAAGAAUCGAUCGCCGUGUAUAGAUUAGAUAUCAGGGUGGCGUCUUCACCUAUUGACACAGGCCCCCUGGAGCCGAGGCAGAUUCCCAUUAUGGUCAAUGAGGUGCAGUGUGUGCUAUGCAGCCUUGAAACCACCACCGUCACUGGUUUGUUUAUCACUGCCAAGCUGUUUGCAGAUGUGGCUGUUUCAGAUGCAGGCCACUCAGUCCCCACUGCUUGUUUUGUCAUGUAUGUUGUGAUUAUUGUGCCACGCGCUCAACAGUGCGCUACCCUUGGCCUGUGUAGUGCAUACUAAAAAGGGGCCCUAAUAAGAAAGGAAUGACAGCUCGUGUGGAGAGGGGAGGUCUGGUCACAGGAGGGAGAAGGAGACCAGUGUUUGGCCCUCUCUGGGUGCUCAAGCUGUGCAUUGGUGCUUUUUGCAGGGCCCCCCCCCCCAGCCUGAAAACGUCUAUUUACCAAGACACAGGGACUUAGUUUUAUGAGUGAAAAGCAAAUAAGGAAUGAUUUCAGAGGGCCUCAUCCCAAACUUGCUCUUCUUCGGUUGGAUUUUCUGCAACAGCAACUUGACGUGUGUUUUCUGUGGCUGUAGCUGUAAAAAAAACAAAACCCAGAUUUCAGAUUGUGAGGAAGAAGUUGUGGCCCAGCGGAAUCCACAGGUGUGGUGACACGGGAUGAAUCUGAUGGGAGGGAUGAAGUGAAUACGACUGAAGGAGGAGGUGAAGGGCAGUUGAGAGAGAGGCGGAGGGAAGGAAAGAAGGGCAGGGACUCAGAGAAAUCAUUUGUCGACUGAAGUAAAAUGGGAAAAAAAUUAAAUUUCCAGUAGAUCUAGAAUCUUCCUUAAUUGUUUACUCUUCAUCUUUAAAAUGCACACAGUGUUUCUUUGUCUUGUUUCCUGUCUCCCUCUUUUUCAACUGCGCUAUUCAUCUUUUGUUUAUUACAAAGUAUUAAACAAGUAAGAGAACUGUAAAAUCAGAAUGGAAUCUGUCACUCUCUUUCUCUAGUGUCUGUCCUUUGUCCUGUUUGUAUCCUACUCCAUCAUACAUGUGGAGCUGAUUGACUAUUGUGUGCUUUGGGGAUUGAAAGAGGAAAAAAAAAAUAAUCUGAAUAAUUUUUUCAGUCAUUAAUUCUGAAUCUUGUUUCUGUUUGUUGUAUCAUGUCUGAGUAAAGGUUUUAAUACUG